UAUAUAGGCCAUUGGGUUGUCAUUCACACACUUCUCUGAGGUUUUUAGAACAGGAAAAUAGGUGGGGUUAACUCUGCUCGUGAGAAACACCUCGGGCGAGCUAUGAUUUCAGUUAAAAGAUGUGUUUUUGUGACUGGAGCAUCGCUGAAGAACUGAAGGCUGUUUGGUGUGCUCCCUGCAGAGUCACAGCCAUGAUUCUUUCCACCUAUAAUACCAUCCAGUCGAUUUUCUGUUGCUGUUGCUGCUGUUCCUUGCAGAAGCGACAAGUCAGAACACAAAUAAGCCUGAGCAAAGAUGAAGAAUUUCCAGAAAAAUAUACACGGCAUCGCAGGCCAUGGUUCAGGGAAUUACCGAGCAAGAAGCGAUACAACAGAGACCAUGGGCAACCAUCGAAACGUAAGCCACUGCCUCCCCUCCCACCAUCUGAGGUUACCGAAGAGAAGAUCCAAGUAAAGGCACUGUAUGAUUUCCUGCCCAGAGAGCCGUGUGAUUUAGCAUUGAAGAGAUCAGAGGAAUACCUCAUACUGGAGAAGUAUAACCCUCACUGGUGGAAGGCAAGAGACUGUUUAGGGAAUGAAGGCUUAAUCCCAAGCAACUAUGUGACCGAAAACAAAAGAAGCAAUCUGGAAAUAUAUGAGUGGUACCAUAAAAACAUUACCAGAAAUCAGGCAGAACGUAUUUUGAGACAAGAGUCGAAAGAAGGUGCAUUUAUCGUCAGAGAUUCAAGACAUUUGGGAUCCUACACAAUUUCUGUGUUUAUAAAAGCUAGAAGGAAUAUGGAGGCUACCAUCAAACAUUACCAGAUUAAAAAGAAUGACUCAGGACAGUGGUAUGUGGCUGAAAGACACCUCUUUCAAUCAAUCCCUGACUUGAUCUGGUAUCACCAGCACAAUGCGGCAGGUCUCAUGACCCGUCUCCGCUAUCCAGUCGGACUGAUGGGCAGCUGUUUGCCAACCACAGCUGGUUUUAGCUAUGAAAAAUGGGAGAUCGAUCCUGCUGAGCUGGCUUUUGUAAAGGAGAUUGGAAGCGGUCAGUUCGGGGUGGUCCAUUUAGGUGAAUGGCGAGCGCACAUCCGGGUGGCUAUCAAGGCCAUCAGUGAAGGCUCCAUGUCGGAAGAGGACUUCAUCGAGGAGGCUAAAGUGAUGAUGAAAUUAUCUCAUCCCAGGCUGGUCCAGCUCUAUGGAGUGUGCAUACAGCAGAAGCCGCUGUACAUAGUGACCGAGUUUAUGGAGAACGGCUGCCUGCUGAAAUACGUCAGGGACAGAAGGGGAGCACUUACCAAGGAGAUGCUGCUGAGUAUGUGCCAGGAUGUCUGCGAAGGGAUGGAGUAUCUGGAGAGGAACUGCUUCCUCCACAGGGACUUAGCAGCAAGAAAUUGUCUGGUCAGUGCUGCAAGUAUAGUAAAAAUAUCAGACUUUGGAAUGACGAGGUACGUUUUGGAUGAUGAAUAUAUCAGUUCUUCUGGAGCCAAGUUCCCCAUCAAGUGGUCCCCUCCUGAAGUUUUCCAUUUCAACAAGUACAGCAGCAAAUCUGAUGUCUGGUCAUUUGGAGUUUUGAUGUGGGAAGUGUUCACAGAAGGAAAAAUGCCGUUUGAGAAUAAGUCAAAUUUGCAAGUCGUGGAAGCCAUUUCUCAAGGCUUCCGGCUGUACCGUCCUCAACUGGCCCCAAUGUCCGUCUAUGAAGUCAUGUACAGCUGUUGGCACGAGAAACCUAAAGGCCGCCCUACAUUUGCUGAGUUGCUGCAGGUUCUCACAGAGAUUGCGGAAACCUGGUGACCCGAACGGAAUGGCAACCCAGAGGAUCAUCUUGCAAAAUUACCACAAAAGGAAAUCCUGUGUGUGGUCACUGAUGAUGAACACCUUCCUUUAGAGUUGCUGACUCUUGAAAACAGUGCAGAGAUCACCGGCUUUUCAAACUUUAAAAUUUAAGAAUAUCCUGGCAGUCAUUUUUCCACAUGGAUGUUGGAGAGGGACUUCCAAACUCUCUUUUUUUUUCCUGUCCUAUUUGUAUCCCAAAUGUGAAGAAAGGACAAAUGCUCCAUAACAUUCUUCUUAGUGGCUGCUUCUCAUGAAAGUAGCCCUGAGAACCGCUUAAGGGUAGAUGAAAACAUGACGCGUUACAGGGCUGAGGAAAUUUUUUUGGGAAGAGGAGUGACGUUCCUUACUUCAGUGACUUGCUAAAGUGAAGACAUUCUGCUAACUCAUGGAUUAAAGGAGCCUUCUCUGCAGAAUUUAAUGCUUCUGAGCUAUACAGAUCUUUGUGGAAAAUACCCCUUUACA